AUUGAAUUCCUGACAUGAUUGGAUUGUGUGACCAGGUUCUGAUGCAAACACCACUAUGAACAGUUUUCGACUGGAGCGAAUACCUCUCCCGGAAUUUUCCACUUACCUCAUAUAUACGGCAUUAUCUCUGAUCGGUUCAGUCCUGCGACUAUCGUACGUCGUUCUUCAGACUGGUCUUCGUCCGAAUUUGUCGAAUGAGACCACGGUUGCUUUCACAGCCACGAUCAGCUCCCUCUGUGUCGAGGACACAUGGUUCUUUUGGAGUUGUAUAAACUUUGCCUAUUGUUUGCUCAUUUGUGCUGGGCGUGAGUUACAGCAUCUUUUCUUUGGAGAACUUCGUGAAUCAGAAAAUACAAACAUUCGGGAGAAUUUCUCCAACUUCAUAUUUUAUAAGGUUGUGUUUGUUUACGGUAUAUUGAAUGUUGAUGCAUUGCACGAACUACUUCUGUGGGCCGGGUGGUUUUCUAUUCUUGGUUUCCUUCAUCUCUUGACCGGUCUCGCCAAAGACCGGUUGGAAUACAUUGUACAAUCUUCGAAUCAUUUUGUGCCACCACUUCGAAUUCUGUGCCUUUUGUUCUGCAUCCUCGUUUCGGGAAAUCUGUUGACGGCUAUAUCUGUGGCUUUUGGAGCUCGCUACUCACUAAACUUGAUGUGUUUCAUGUUGGCCGAGGUGUUCCAAUUGGUUGUAAAGACCCUGUACAUCGUCGUCUGGUACGCCAUUCACUUAUACUCGGAAGCAGCGGCAGCCCAACGGACCAGUAUGGGUGAAUUCUACCAUAAAUCUCUUUCAGUUUACCAUGCCGACAUGUUAUUCUCAUCUGUUUCCGAUCUGGGCGAUGUUCUACACAACGUGCAUUUGUUGUGUUGGAAUGGCAUUCGGGUCAAUAUGUCUGCCAUUAUUGUUGGAAUGCAUUUGCAACAUUUAUAUCAUAAACUUUCUAAGCGAAUUCGUCAUCACAAGCAUUAUCAGAAAUUGAUUCACAUGCUUGACUCUCAGUCCAUACGAGCAAGUAAGCCGGAUCAGGACUGUGUCGUAUGUUGGGAGAAGUUGACGUGUUCACGACAACUGCCGUGUGGGCACAUUUUCCACUUAGGCUGCCUACACAUCUGGAUCGAGCGAAGCGCAGACUGUCCGAUCUGUCGCACACCACUUGAUGCCAGUCGCUGGGUCCUACCUUCCAACUCCAAACUGGGCUCGUUGACAUCAAAUACUCGGCCAGCGAAACUUUCCGAUGUGGUUCGCCUUCCAUCCACACUUGCAGGAACUUGUAAUCCAGUCGAUGCCAACUCUGAAAACAUGUAUUUGACAGAAAAUGCGGUAGAGUCUAGCUCACGUGAUCUCACAGAGCAUGCGUGUGGAGCAUCUGAAGAGUGUUUUGGGCCGAAUUCAUUUGGAGUGGUAUUUGAGAACUCAUUCUUCCGACAAGAUAAAGACCUUGGCUCGAAUCCUCAUUCAUUGUCGGCUCUGGUGAGCAUAAACAGUUUUCUGAACCUUUGUAACGAACCACUGCGGAGUCCAGGGUCAAACUCGCAACUGCUUUCAUCCCUGAGACCGAGUCUUUCUACUGGUUUUGAGACUACGCCGAAGAUGGAGUUGGGUUCAUCCAUGGCUACCGACUUUCAGGUGUUUUACACUUCACCUGAACGUCGAAAACAAUCACUGGAACAGCGGAAGCAGAAUCUCCUACAACGAGCAAGGCUGAAAUUCUCUUCCUGGGAACAGCCAAUUGAUUUUUGACUAUCCACUUGCACCUUUCCCCGUUCUUUUCCCAUUUUUUAAGCAUGACAAACCACUUUUGAACGAUUAUUGUAACCCGUUUUUCUGGUAACGAGUUGUAGAGUUCCCAAAGCGCCUUACAGUUUUUCAUUUUUUUUAUCGCUUCUUCCAUGCGAACUACCAAUUCUGAACCUUUGAUUUAUACUGUACUUGGCUCGUUUAACAGCAAUGCUUCGCAACGCUUCCUACACAACUAUGCUGCUCUACAUCAUAUCAGGUUGCGAGGCACCGACAUAAAAUAUUUUCAAUGGUCUUGCCCAAAUGAUUUAACGCUAUCCUUUUGUCCAGUUGUGGGAGGUCCAAAGAGGCACAGAUUCAUUUAUACUAAUGAGUUUAUGCAAGGAGUUAUUUAGGAGUAGGCCGUAUGAAUGUCUAGCUUCAGGAGUUUAGUGUCGAUUUGUGGACUAUCCGGAGUCCAAAUCUGCGGUAUAUCAUUAUGAAUAUUUGCCGUUUCAAAUAUCUCGUUUGACCAGUCAUCAGCGGCAGUUGGUUGCCGUCUGAAGAAAUAUUUCACAUUACUUGCAACUAGCACAAUCUUAGAGACAGUAUUCG